GCGGAGCUUUCACACCGCGCAGGAAUCGAGCCGGCGGCGUUGCCAGUACAUGCGCAAUAUAGUAUAUAUCGAUCUUUGAGAUAUCAUCAUCUCCAUUGGUCCAGCGAGUGUUCACAAAGAGUCUCAUUUUUGUUUGGUGCUUUUUCGUAAACGAGAUGUUUCACACGGGUGCGGCAAUCGGAAAUGUUUGUAUACAUAUCCGAUUGAAAAAAUGUUUUCGAUAAUUCCUAUUUAACCAAACGACAUCAAAAUGUUAUCCGCUUUAAUUGUGCUGAUUCUUUCGGUGAGAAUUUGCUACGGCAAUCCAGACGCGAAGAGACUUUACGACGAUCUGCUCUCAAAUUAUAAUCGUCUAAUUCGGCCUGUAUCUAACAACACCGAUACCGUUGUUGUGAAACUGGGUCUUCGUCUCUCGCAGUUAAUAGAUCUUAAUUUGAAAGAUCAAAUUCUUACAACGAACGUUUGGUUGGAGCACGAAUGGGAAGAUCACAAGUUUCAGUGGGAUCCGACGGAAUAUGGAGGUGUCACUGAACUCUACGUGCCCAGCGAGCAUAUAUGGCUGCCUGAUAUUGUGCUUUAUAACAAUGCGGACGGAGAAUACGGCGUAACAACAAUGACCAAGGCUGUUCUGCAUUACACCGGCAGAGUCGUUUGGACUCCUCCGGCAAUUUUCAAAUCUUCCUGCGAAAUAGACGUUAGAUACUUUCCUUUUGAUCAACAAAUUUGUUUCAUGAAAUUCGGCUCGUGGACGUACGACGGCUUUCAAAUUGACUUAAAACACAUUAAUCAAAAUGUAAGCGACAAGGUCGACGUGGGUAUUGACCUGCGAGAAUAUUAUCUCAGUGUUGAAUGGGAUAUAAUGGACGUACCCGCGGAACGUCAUAAGAAGUAUUACCCAUGCUGUCUCGAGCCGUAUCCUGACAUAUUUUUUAAUAUAACUUUGCGUCGAAAGACAUUGUUCUACACGGUGAAUCUCAUAGUGCCGUGCGUCAGUAUUUCUUAUCUGUCGGUGUUGGCGUUUUACCUGCCGGCCGAUUCAGGAGAAAAGAUCGCGCUCUGCAUCAACAUUCUACUGUCACAGACUAUGUUCUUCUUGCUAAUAUCUGAAAUUAUACCGUCCACGUCGCUAGCGUUGCCUUUACUUGGCAAGUAUCUACUUUUCACGAUGGGUCUAGUCGGACUUUCGGUCGUGAUAACAAUAAUUAUUCUAAACAUACAUUAUCGUAAACCGAGCACUCACAAGAUGAGUCCUUGGUUGAGAAAGUUUUUCAUCAGACGAUUACCGAAACUGCUUCUGAUGCGAGUGCCUGAAGAUCUACUCAAUGAUCUUGCUGCUCAUAAAAUCGGUAAAAGAAAGUCUAAAAAAAAGAGCAAAUUUGAGGCUGCUGUUUCAGCCGCGACACGAUCGUCAUCAAUAGUGUCUUCACCAGAUUCCGCCCGACAACGAAUUGAUGGUUGCAACGGUUUGUACAGAACCACUGCCCAAAAUCGAUUUUUAGUUGGUAGUUUAGGAUAUAACGGACUUCCAACAGUUAUGUCGGAUCUAGACGAGUCCUUAAGCGAUAUAACCCCGAAAAAGAAAUAUCCUUUCGAGCUGGAAAAAGCCAUACACAAUAUAAUGUUCAUCAAGCAUCACAUACAACGUCAAGACGAAUACAACGCGGAAGAUCAAGAUUGGGGCUUUGUCGCGAUGGUUCUCGACCGUCUAUUUCUGUGGCUCUUUUCGAUAGCCUCCAUAGUUGGAACUUUCAUAAUUCUAUGCGAAGCUCCGGCACUCUAUGACGAUACCAAACCGAUAGACGUAGAUUACUCUCAAGUUGCUCAGCAACAAUUCCGGUCGCAUGAAGGUUUUAAUUCGGAUAUGUAAACGUGUGUUAUACGUACUAUAUACGGGUAAAACGCCGAGAGGUGUUCGUAGAAAACUUUAUGUGAUUCAAAAUUAUACUCCCGAAAAGCAUACUGUACUUGUACUUAUAACUGUACGCAAAUGGUACACCAAUUGCUUUUUGAAAAUACAAAAGUACUGAUGUUUAAUAUGUAACGAUGAAAGUGUAGUUUAUAUAUUUAUAUAGAUUUGUAAACCUUUGGUAAAACGUGUGUGUUGGUUACAUAUAAGAAGCAAUAACAAUCUUAUUCGUACACCAAACUAACUGUAUGUAAAAAGAAGUUUUAUGCUUUUUAAUUAUUAUAAAUUCUUAAGCUUCAAUAUAUUCUGUAUGCAUUAAAACAACAUAAAUAAAACUUCUCCUUCAGUUCCAGAUAUCGGUUUCUGAAAUCCAUCCAAAAAAGUUUUAAACCAGUGUCUCUACCAGAUAUUAAUUUAACGCGACAUCUCUCUCUGAAAAUCAUGAAUAGAACCUUAGAUAACGAAAUCGUUGACAGUGUCCUUUGUUCAAUAGCGUUGCGAAGUUUGACUUUCGAAAUUUUUAAAGACACGUGACUAAAGUGCAGUCACGUAGAGAGAGAGAGUUUUUAUCACGCGUUGUUUUUC